GCUUGGAAUUUGUAAGAAAAAAAAAAAAAAAAAAACAGUGGACAACUGUGAAUUGAGGAUUACAUGGGUCGUUAUGGUUGUCGGAAUACAUUUGAAUGCUACACGGUCUAGGAGAACAGGAACCAAAGCAAAGGCCGGAUAAGCUGUAGACCGGGAGCGGGACAUCCUUCAGUCUCGUUGGGACAACCACAGAAAUCAAGUAAAUUUCAGUCAGUUAGCUCUGAUAGCUAGCCUAGCCGAUACGAUAUCCCAGGAAAAUGAAGCGUUAUUGCCCUUUGUUUUUAAGUCGGACUAGCAGACGCUACGUAAAUGCCGAGAGCUGAUCGACCGCACAAGUACGUGGUUUGGAUCGUAUACUGGUUUAUUUUCACGGCAAUUUUUUGAAAGUACCAUUCGUUUUCAAAACAUUCUCCGGCUAGCCCGUUAGCAAGCCAGCUAACUCUUGAUUCUCCCGCGAGCCAGAAAAGCGAAGAGUCCAAAACUUCGCCAACACAGAGAGAGCGAGAGAGCUCGACGCAGAGAAAGGCUCUCCGUCUUAAUCCAAUCCGAGCCCCUACUCUGAUGUGAACCGACCAAAUACAUCUGUCGGAGUCGCCCUGUCAGUAGUUGUUGAGGAUCUGUCUCAUAGCUGAAGAAAAAUCCAGGUCUUUAGACAAGUCAGGUUCUACUGGCAGUCUGUGUGCUUUUAACCCACCAGCAUGUACAUUGGACAGUGGAUACUCUAGCCAAAACAUAUCCUGGCUUCCCAAAGAUGACAAGGUUCUGGCAGGCCGCAGCUACACAAUGAUGGGAGGCAGUGAGACUGUCAGUGGGGACAAAGAUGGUGUCCACACCGCUGCAAUACAUGUCCCCAUCGGUUGGCAGAGGAGGGUGGAAGGAGGACAAGUGAUCUACGUCAGUCCCAGUGGCAUCGCCCUGUCUACUCUGGAUGAGGUCAAGACCUAUCUGUUGACUGAUGGCACCUGCAAAUGUGGUCUGGAGUGCCCGCUCAUCAUCCAUAAGGUUUUCAACUUCACUCUGGGGGUGAAGGUGGAACUGCACAGCCAGCCAGUAGGCAAAGCAGAGCAGGACAUGACCAAACUGUGUAAUCACCGCAGGAAAGUGGUGGCAAUGGCUGCUCUGUGUCGGAGUAUGCAGGCCUCACAGCUUCCCUUUGCCAACUUUCAUCAUCCAGAGGUGAGCAGUCGAGUGGACACCCGUGAUCCAAGGGGGGAGCAUUCGGAGCGUGAAGAAGAGGACCGCAGCAUUUACUAUCCAAAACUCCAUCCAGUCCCAGCUCGAUCCCACAGCAAUCUCCACCCAAACCCGUGUGGCAGCCCCAAGUCCUCCCACCACUUUAUAUACCCAUACAAUGGCUCCUCCUCAGUCCUUCACGCAGGCACAAACUCUCACAGUCCCCUUGAUGCUUUAAGAAGACUUCACCAUUCUUCUCUCCCGGCGUCCUCCACAUCUUCCUCCAGCUCCUCAUUCCCGACCCACAGCACUGCCCAGAGGUCACCCCGCACCCCCACACCUCAGAGCAUCAGUCAGGGUCGAAGAACACCCAAAACUCCUGAGACUCCUGGCUCUCCACGGCUAGGGCCUCUGUCUUCACCUCCUCCCUCUUCCCCUAUGGCACUUAGUAGUGGAGGAAGAGGAGCACAGACUCACACUCAUCAUCCUCACACUGCCAUUGUGGGAGGCUCUCCCCUUUCUCCAUCCCCCUCCCGCUCUCCCUCUGUCCAUAACAUGUGUAUGUCUCCUCACCAGCGGUCCCGCCACCCUUCAGCCUCUCCUUCCUCACUGUCUGAGCAUGGAGGAGGCUCAGCAGCAGCAGCAGCAGCAGCAGAAGGAGGAGGACUAAUGGGAAGUAACUUGUCUCAGAAGAGGAAAUCGGCCUCUUCCUCUCCACACUCCCCUAUGCCAAGUGGUUCCCCAAACCCCAGCCCCCACUUCCCCAAGUACAAGCUGGAAGACAUCUUGGAGCAGUUUAAGAACUCAGGCAACAGCAGCACUAAUAACCAUCACCUCCUAAACCCUACUAACCAAUCCUUACUGACCAACCAAAGCUGUAGUAAUCCCCAUUCUCUGUCCUCGAAGCCGUCGAAGAGUAGCAAGACUCUGAUCUCCAGUGCAGGAGCACCAGGUUUUGGGUUGAACUCUGCGGGACCCUCUAGUUUACCUUUGGGGCCAUUUCUGAACCACCAUAGCAACCAGGGCAAGAGGCCACACCCAGCGUCUUUUCCGGCGAGUAGUUUGCUCUCUGCAGCUGCAAAGGCACAGCUGGCUAACCAGAUAACCCAGGGCCAGAGCUCCCACAUGGCCAGCAACCCAGGGAGCUUAGCCUCUUCUCUGGAGGUCCUGAAAGAGGUGCAGCAGCAGCAGCAUCCAUCAAAGGUAACAAACAGCACUUUACAUAACAGCCACUCUCCCUCCUCCAUCGCUUCCACUAGGCCUCCCCAUCCCUCCCUUGUUGCAGCAACCUCCGCCGUCCUCAUUCCUCCAUCUCCCUCUCUGGUCCAGUCCCUGGCCUCCUCGUCAGCCCACCUGCCUCCCACAGGAGAGCGCAGUGCAUCGCACAGGAAGAGGCAGCGGCGGUCUCCCACAGUGCUCAGCAUGCUAAGAGACCCCCAGCAUCUGGGCAAUGGGCCGUGGAAGACCCCACCAGAGGAUGCCACUUCUCCUACAGUUAUCAAUCUUUCCUCUUCUUCAACUUCCUUCCCCUCCUCCCCACACUCCUCCUCUACCUCAGCCAUGCAAAACCAGAAUGCUGUCCUGUUGGAUAACCAUCAUCAGCUCCUCCCCGGGCAGAUAACCAGGCCCCCUGCUCCUCGACCAACAGCACACCUUUCUAGGCUUCCUCGGCCAAAUGAGGCUCUGGAUUUCACUACAAGCUCAAGCCCUGUGCCCCUUUGUUUGGAUCCUCCAACCCAGCCUCUUUCUGCUCUGUUACACCUUCUCAGUGUGCAGAAUGCACAGGCCUCAGCAUCCAACUCUGCCUCAACUCACUCUGCAUCUUUAUCCAUUGAAGGGAGUGGACACACUAAUAAACAGAGCCCUGGACUGUCUCCUUCUUCUUUGACGCCUCAUUCUAAUGUCAGUCACCCACACACCCGGUCACCAGGCCGAACCGAUAACACUAAUCCUCUACCCCUGGUGCCACAGCCACUUUCUCCGCCUCCCACCUCCUCUCCAUUCACAUCAGUGCAGUCUCUUUGUCGGUCUACUAAAUCAAGCCCUCUACAAAGAGAUUCUCCUCCCACAGCGUUGCCCAACACGAAUUUGGUUUUCCACAACAGUAGCAGUCCGUCUCAGCAAACAUCCACGUCUCCCUUUGAGAAGCAUCCACCAGCUGAUGAUCCACAGAGCGCUAUGGCAACAGAGGCGGGUAGUAACAGCGCAUCGACGUCAGUGGACCUGAGUCACUCUCAAGGGAGCGUCUCUGUAGGGAUAUCCACCUCCCCGAAGCCCCUUGAUCUCAGCAACCAUGUCCUGGCCCUUCUUGCAGCAUCCUCCACUGUGCCACAAGGGGAGGGCAACUCCUCCAACCAUAGCACUGAUGUUCAGAUGUCUUCCCCAGGAAACCACACCACAGGACCAGAGGAGUCUGGUUAUGUGGACCCAAAGGUGUCCACGUUGACCAAAUCUCCAGUAGCCACCAGUCCCGGACUCACUGUGUCCUCUCGCCAAGGAGAGAAUAACAGCCCCCCAACUCCUUCAGCUGUAGGGGACUCCACCUCCCCCUUGCCUCUGGCGGAGGCCUUCCCCUUCAUGAACCAAGAGCAACUGCUUCAGCUUCUGUCGUCCACAGGAGGUCUGCCAUCUAUCCUGGACCCCGCAGUCCUAGCCUCGUUGCCCCUAGGGGGGCUGUGGUUGGGAGGCCAACAUUCACAAAUUCCUACCAAUGUUACACCACAGCAAUCGCAGAGUCUCGCGGAACAGCAGCAAUCGGAGCAGCAGCUGCUGCUGCAACAACAGCAAGACACACAGCAGCAAAACCAAGAUCAACAUCAGAAGCAGCAACACAUUAACAAUAACCCCCUGUUUCCCUUGUUGCCCUUGUUGAGUGGCGCGCAAGGCGAGCUGCCCCUGAACCUCCUGGGUCUCCCGAACCCGCUCCCUUCUUCGGCAGGACAGGAAGCUGACUUAAGUGAAAAACCCAGUCUUCAAGCUCUGCUCAUGGCCUCCUUGUUGCUCGGGCAACAGCACGCCUCUCUGUUACCUCUAUCUGCGCUGGGUCAGUUGAGCCAGGUCAGCUUGGAAGUUCCAAUUCAGCAGUCGCAGCAGAUCCCUGCCACAUUGGAAGGCCUCACCCUGGAUAAGACCUCCGGCCUCCUGGAUCCGUCUACGCUAACAGGACCAGGGCUCUUGGAGGUCACCCAGGGCCUUCUUCCCAUUCCUGCAGGAGCUGAGGGCUCUAUCCAAGCCCUGCAGUCUCUGCUCCUUUCUGCCGCUCUUCCUCCUCCCCCCGCAGCCUUCCUGCCCCUCAGCCCUGCCUUGCUCUCCGCUGCCCUGAGCUCUGCUGAGCUUCACCCUCCUCCCAACACCCAGUUAGCUCCUGCACAACAAACCCAACACACCCAACCUCAGGUACCCACUGACGCUGGUGUUGACACCCUCAUCCCCGUUUCUCUCCAAGGCAAAGACAACCACAUCCUCCAACAGUUACUGCCUACUUUGCUUAACCCUGCUUUACUAGGAGAUCUUCCUGGCAUCACAGGGCUCCACAACGUGGUGGGAAUUGGAGCAGGUUCCAUCCUCCUACCCCCAGAUCAGGCCUCUGCUUUGGGGAUGCCACUGCUUCACGGUCCUGAUGGAGCCAUAAAUAUCAUCAACAACAUACAGCUGAACCUUGCACCGCACUCAGAAGGAGAGAAGCCAGUGUCACUGCAGGAAACCCACAGCCCUGCCCCACAGGAAGACAUACCAGCGAGUCAGAUCUCCCCCGAAGUGGUCCCAAGUCCUGUUCCCAAUCUAGCUCCAUCCCCGGCCCAUGAAUCCACUCCACCCACCCAGAGAGGCUCUGAGGGCAGGUCCGUUAUCGAUCCUUACACCUCUUUCAUGGACACAAUUUAUACCUCCUUCCUUCAAGUCAGUGCAAAAGAGCAGGAAGACGGGGCCCACUUGGGGCCAACUGAUCCCACUUCACCCUUCUGUGCCUUACCGCCUGUUUCUUUCCCCGUGGAGCACCACACCCCGUCCACCACUGUCCCGACCCUCCCCCAGGCAAGUGCCCCAGUCUCCCUCAGCCCACGUCGGGCCUGUUCCAUCCGCAACCCAGACUUAUCUCGACUCAACCUGGAGGCUGCGGCCCACUCCCCGGCUCAAGGGACACCCAAGCCCACUGAGGACGAGUCUACAUCACACCUACAUAGGAAACCGGUCAUGGUAGAGGGGCACACCCACCCAGAGCCUCCUCUGCCACCCAUAUACUUAGAGGAAGCCAAGACGGACUGUACUGGGCCUGCUGCAGCGGUGUGCCCCUAUGUGGAGGCAGGGGUGGAUAGGCAGGGACAUCUUCCCCAUGCCGGGUACCUCAGUCCUAGGGACGGAUGCAGUGGGAUGCCCAACGAAGAGACGGCGGGGACAUUGCUGAACACCGAACAGGAAAUGGAUCAAACCGAAGCAGCCGGUGGAGCCAGAAGAGGAAGGAAAAGGAAACAAACGCUACAGAAUGUGUUAGAAGACUUUAGAGACAUGGAUGCUACAGCACUAGAGGAAACCAAGGCUACAGCGGCACUGCUGAAGCCUGAGAGGUCAGUGCGUGGCAGGCGGCGACGAGGCGCCCGGUCUCAAAGGCAGUGAUUGGAUGGAGGGCGCCGUCAGUUCCGUCUGUUAAACCAGUGAAAGGCAGUCAGACGCCUUUUCAUUCCCCCUCCAUCUCUCCACUCUCAUCACUACUGUUUAGUCCUUAUUAUUAUUAUUAUUAUUAUUAUUGUUAUUAUUAUUAUUAUUAUUAAAAAAACCAACUGCACUAAUACGAUGCUGUUGUCAUGUCGACCGUUGUUAUGGCAACCACUAUGAAAAAAAUACAUAGGAAAGAAUAUCUAGUAGGAUAAAUUUAUUUUUUUGAAAAGGUGAAAAAAGAGAUUUUGUGGAUUCUUUUUUCCCCUUAGGUUUUUUUUUUUUUUUUAAUUUUUUUCUCUUAGGUCUAGGUCACAAAAAUAAUGUCAACCACUGUGAUCAAAGAUCUGUCAGUUAGGUUGAUGUAAGAAAUAUAUCCACGAGAAAACAUAUAAGAAUAACAAGUACUGUUUUCUUCUCAUCAGUGUGUUACUGUGAGUCAGGAUAAAGCCCAUCUACUUGAACGAUGCUCUCUGUUAAGUGUGUACACGUACGGGUGAGUGUGUGCUUUUGUUUGUGUGCGUUGGACAACAGUGCUGUUGCUGAGCCCCCGUCUCCCCCCGUCUCCCACCCCCGUCUCCAUCCCACUGAUCCGACUGUUCUGUCGAAUUCGUUAGUUUCAGUGAACGAAACCCUGACUUGUCAGUCAGAUGAAAAGGGCUCUCUGCAGUUGUAUUUCAAAGAAACGUUCCUGAGGUUUUCGGAAGGUGCUGAAAGAGAACAUAAGAAGGAAAUCACUUUUUUUUUUUUUUUUUUUUUUUUAAUUUUUAAUCAUAGCAUGAACUGACCUUCAAAAGGUUUCGAGCCAAGGAAAUGAGAUGGUUUCUUCGUAGUUUACAUCAACCACUGAUCACGCUGUUUUUCAUUGGAUGUGAUUCCCCCGUGUCCUGUGAGACGCCUCCUGAACGGUUUCUACACGAGUCAUUGGUUUGAAGUUCGCAGGAGUCGCUGCACAAGUGGCGACGCCGCGGUUCUCGCAGCAAAUCGAGAACAUGUCCGUCAAACCUCGAGCACCGUUUGUCACGUUUUUGUUUGGCAGCCCUUUUUACAUUUCACAUGCUGUGUUGAUAUUUUUCUCUGUGAAGAAUUACAUGUAGCUCUGGUGUGCUGGAGACCCGACCCCCCGAGUUUUCACACAACCAGCCACAAAGGCAACAAAAAACAAAAAAAAAAAACAAAAAAAAAAAACAAGAGUAGAAGGAUUUAAUUUUGAAGCGGAACCCUGAGUUUAUAGAAAGUACUGUAUGUCCUUUUUUGGUUGGAUGGAUGGCUGGAAUACUUAAAACGCAGAGAGUGAUCACGUCUUAUGUGGAUCCGUAGAGUCCGUGUGUUACUGUGGAUUUGGAGUGAUAUCCUCCCUCUGUCUCCUCAUGUCACUGUUGGAGCUCUCCUCCACGCUCUGCCCUGCCCCCCAUGAGUACUGGCAUCUCUAGCUGUAUUUAAAAAAAAAUAAAAAAUAAAUAAAAAAUAAAAUGGAAAAAAAUUAAGAAAAGUGAAAAAGAAAGCAGAUUAUGCAAUUUCUACACUUGGAGAUUUGUACAUAUGUACAGUUAAUGUGUUUUAUUUUGAUUUUAUAUUGUUAGAGAAAGACGAGAGAAAACAAUGAAUUGUGAAUUUUUCUGGGAAUUGUAAUUAAGUAUUUUUCUCAUUCUACCCCUUGCGUUCAAUACUUAUGUUUAAAAAGACGAUUAAAUUGUGGACUGUAGCUUUCUUUUUUUAUAUGGGAGUCAUUUUUUAUUUAAUAUUAAACUAUUUACAGAAAAUGCA